AUGAUAAGCGACCGGGAGCAUCACGCGCACGAGCGAACGAAGGAGCUUCUCCAAUCCAAAACCAAUGAAGCAGCUCAUGUAUCUGCGUCCCUUCAUCGAGCACUUGAGAAUACCAAGGAACUUGCCAACGAGAGAGAUGAGCUAAAGAGAAGUUUUGAUCAGCUUCAAGAAAGAAAUGCAAGAAUGGAAUGCGAGUUCACAGAUAAGAUAGCCAAGCUGAAGAGACGCCAUGCUGAUGAGCUGAAGUCCGCAGAAAACCUUCUCGAAUUGGAACGUGGCGCACAUGAGAAGACCAAGGUGCAAUUUUCGAAUUAUCGAGAUGCGAUUCAGGUGACUCUGGAGCAGAGGCUAGCGGAACUUGAAGAUUCGUUCACGAGCAAGGAAAGACGGCUCACCACCGAUAUGUCAGAUAAGGAACACAAAAUCAAUCAGCUACAAGAGGAAAAUGAAAAACUGCUCGAGAGGUGCAGUCGUUUGGCCGAAGUGGAAGAACUUCUCGCUCAAAAUAACGUGGAGCUGGAGAAGACGAAGAGGGAGCUGAAUUUAUUGCGCUCGGCCAAAGACGAAGGUGAUCGCGCCAUCACGGAACUCGCCGGACACCACAAUCAGAAGCAAAAGAUAAAUUAUUUGGAAAAAGUUCGUCUUGAAAACUACAACCUGAAGAAAAAAUCCGCCGAACUUGAGGCUCAGCUAAAGCGAUACGAGGCUAUACACGGCAAACUUAACGAAACCAAACAAGCUCGUGCUGGACCUUCGACAAGGAGUCGCAGUGCGCGUGCGAAUCUAAACUGA